CAACAACGUCCAAAGACAUUUUCUCGUAAUAAUCCGCGACAAACUACUGUUAGUAGUUUACUCCCACUAAAUGAUUUAAUACAACCUAAUUCACAACAAUCAUCUACACCUACUGAUUAUUGUACUCAAUGUAAACAAUUUGGGCAUCAGGCUAGUGCCUGUCCAAAUUUCUAG